UCACUGUUGCUGGAACCCAACAGAAACCCUCACCGGUUAUUGGAGCAUCUCUCAUCGCAGCCUCGGCUACCCGGGCCAUACCAGGAACUUCAAAGUGUGGCGGUCCCCCGGCUGCAGCCAUGGGGUCUGAGGACCAUGGGGCCCAGAACCCCAGUUGUAAGAUCAUGACGUUCCGGCCAACCAUGGAAGAAUUUAAGGACUUCAACAAAUACGUGGCCUACAUCGAGUCCCAGGGAGCCCACCGGGCGGGCCUGGCCAAGAUCAUACCCCCGAAGGAGUGGCGGCCGCGACAGACAUACGACGACAUCGACGACGUGGUCAUCCCCGCCCCCAUCCAGCAGGUGGUGACCGGCCAGUCGGGCCUCUUCACGCAGUACAACAUCCAGAAGAAGGCCAUGACGGUGGGCGAGUACCGCCGCCUGGCCAACAGUGAGAAGUACUGCACGCCGCGGCACCAGGACUUCGACGACCUGGAGCGCAAGUACUGGAAGAACCUGACCUUCGUCUCGCCCAUCUACGGGGCCGACAUCAGCGGCUCCCUGUACGACGACGACGUGGCCCAGUGGAACAUCGGGAACCUGCGGACCAUCCUGGACAUGGUGGAGCGGGAGUGCGGCACCAUCAUCGAGGGCGUCAACACCCCCUACCUGUACUUCGGCAUGUGGAAGACCACCUUCGCCUGGCACACGGAGGACAUGGACCUCUACAGCAUCAACUACCUGCACUUCGGGGAGCCCAAGUCCUGGUACGCCAUCCCCCCGGAGCACGGCAAGCGCCUGGAACGGCUGGCCAUCGGGUUCUUCCCCGGGAGCUCCCAGGGCUGCGACGCCUUCCUGCGGCACAAGAUGACGCUCAUCUCGCCCAUCAUCCUCAAGAAGUACGGCAUCCCCUUCAGCCGGAUCACGCAGGAGGCCGGCGAGUUCAUGAUCACCUUCCCCUACGGCUACCACGCCGGCUUCAACCACGGCUUCAACUGCGCGGAGUCCACCAACUUUGCCACGCUGCGGUGGAUCGACUACGGCAAGGUGGCCACGCAGUGCACGUGCCGGAAGGACAUGGUGAAGAUCUCCAUGGACGUGUUCGUGCGCAUCCUGCAGCCCGAGCGCUACGAGCUGUGGAAGCAGGGCAGGGACCUCACGGUGCUGGACCACACGCGGCCCACGGCCCUCAGCAGCCCCGAGCUGAGCAGCUGGAGUGCCUCCCGUGCCUCCCUCAAGGCCAAGCUCCUCCGCAGACAAAUUAGUCUGAAAGAAAGCAGACACUGGAGAAAGGCUGAGGAGGAGAGGAGACCCAGUCUAGAGAGGAAGAGAGAGCAGACCAGGAGGCCGGGGCUGCCGUCUCACCGGAAGCGGAGCCAGCCCAAGAAGCCCAAGUCGGAAGACCCCAAGUCACCUGGGGAAGGGGCGGCCGGGGCGGCCCUCCUGGAGGAGGCCGGUGGUGGUGGGAAGGAUGAGGUCGACCCCGAGGAGGAGGACGAGGAGCCCCAGCUGCCGCCACAGGGCCGGGAAGCAGACGGCUCUGAAGAGGACGGGAGGGGCAAGCUGCGGCCGGCCAAGGCCAAGAGCGACCGCAGGAAGAAGAGCUACGGCCCCCUGCACCCCCACCACCCACUCCUGCCCCAGCUGCCGCCCCUGCCCACCCAGUUCCCUGUGGAGGAGGCGCCGCGGCCGCCGCCCCCGCCGGGGCCCCCGGUGCUGGCGCCCGGCCCUGUGGCCGCCGAGAGCCCCCCGCCGCCGCCCCUCAACAUCAUGCCCCCCGGGGCGCCCGGCGAGGACCCGGAGGUGCAGGCGCGCCCCAUCAUCCCCUUGCUGUACGUGAUGCCGCGGCCCAGCGCAGCCACCCGCGACCCGGGCCGCGCGUCCUGCCAGCAGGCCCGCGAGCGCUUCGCCCAGACGGGCCCCUCCCGCAAGGAGCAGGCGGCCCCCAUGGAGCUGACGGGGCCUGAGGAGGAGAGCGGGGCCGGCGAGGUGCAGGGACCCUCGACGUUCUCCAAGCUGAAGAUGGAGAUCAAGAAGAGCCGGCGCCACCCUCUGGGCAAGCCGCCCACCCGCUCCCCGCUGUCCGUGGUCAAGCAGGAGGCCUCAAGUGACGAGGACGCCUUCCCUUUCUCGGGAGAGGAGGACGUGAGCGACCCCGAGGCCGUGAGGUCCCUGCUGUCCCUGCAGUGGAGGAACAAGGCCGCCAGCUUCCAGGCCGAGCGCAAGUUCAACGCGGCGGCCGCGCUGACGGAGCCCUACUGCGCCGUCUGCACCCUCUUCUACCCCUACAGCCAGGCCCUGCAGACCGAGAAGGAGGCCCACGCCGCCUCGCUCGGGGAGGGCCCCUCGGCCGCGCCGCCCUCCAAAAGUGGCCAGAGGACGCGGCCGCUCAUCCCCGAGAUGUGUUUCACCUCCGGCGGCGAGAACACCGAGCCGCUGCCCGCCAACUCCUACAUCGGCGACGACGGCACCAGCCCGCUCAUCGCCUGCGCCAAGUGCUGCCUGCAGGUGCACGCCAGUUGUUACGGCAUCCGCCCCGAGCUGGUGACCGAGGCCUGGACGUGUUCGCGGUGCGCGGCCCACGCCUGGACUGCGGAGUGCUGCCUGUGCAACCUCCGGGGCGGAGCCCUGCAGAUGACUACCGACAGGAGGUGGAUCCACGUGAUCUGCGCCAUCGCUGUCCCCGAAGUGCGGUUCCUGAAUGUGAUGGAGCGCCACCCCGUGGACAUCAGCGCCAUCCCUGAGCAGCGGUGGAAGCUGAAGUGCGUGUACUGCCGGAAGCGGAUGAAGAAAGUGUCGGGCGCCUGCAUCCAGUGCUCCUGCGAGCACUGCUCCACCUCCUUCCACGUGACCUGCGCGCACGCCGCCGGCGUCCUCAUGGAGCCCGACGACUGGCCCUACGUCGUCGCCAUCACCUGCUUCAAGCACAAGGCGGGGCCGCCCCAGGCCCAGCUCCUGCGGGCCGUGUCCCUGGGCCAGGUGGUCAUCACCAAGAACCGCAACGGGCUGUACUACCGCUGCCGCGUCAUCGGCUCCACGUCGCAGACCUUCUACGAAGUGAACUUCGACGACGGCUCCUACAGCGACAACCUGUACCCCGAGAGCAUCACCAGUAGAGACUGUGUCCGGCUGGGCCCCCCGCCCGAGGGCGAGCUCGUGGAGCUCCGGUGGACCGACGGCAACAUCUACAAGGCCAGGUUCAUUUCCUCUGUGACCAGUCACAUCUACCAGGUGGAGUUUGAGGACGGGUCCCAGCUGACAGUGAAGCGCGGUGACAUCUUCACCCUGGACGAGGAGCUCCCCAAGAGGGUCCGGUCGCGGCUGUCGGUGAGCACGGGGGCGCCCCAGGAAAACGUCUUCUCUGGGGAGGAGGUGAAGGCCGCCAAGCGCCCGCGGGUGGGUGCCCCACGCGCCCCCGAGGACUCGGGCCGGAGCCCGGACUACCUGGCCUUCAUGGAGAGCCUGCUGCAGGCGCAGGGCCGGCCCGGGGCCCCCUUCUAGGACAGCCGCCGAGGAGCCCCAGCUCGGCCCCCGCCCCC